UAACAUAGCAAAUCAAGUAAAGAUGGGAAGAAGAAGAAGAAGAAAAGAAGAGAAUGAAUCAUCAAAAUCUCUAACCCUCCCUUCCUCUCCUUCUCACUCUUUCUCUUCAUCAUCUUCAUCAGAUUUCGAGUUCACAAUCUCUCUAUCACCUCGCAAAACUUCUUCCAAGCUCUGUCCUGCCGACGAGCUUUUCUACAAAGGUCAACUCUUACCUCUCCACCUCUCUCCUCGUCUUUCCAUGGUUAGAACCCUCUUACUUGCCUCUUCUAGCACUUCCUCUUCUUCCGACACCACCACCACCGCUUCUCGUGACUCUACCGGUAGUUCCAACGAUUCUCACUCAUCCUUCUCCAGCGACCUCGGUUUACUCGCCGAGUGUGACUCGUCUAGACCCAGUUCCGUUACCGAGGAAGACGAGUUCAAACGACUCAACCAAAACCAACAAAUCAAGAAACCCAAGUACUUUUCCUUAGCGAGAUUCUCUUCUGUGUUUCGGAAAAACAGAGAUCAAGAGAACGUUUCGGUCUCUGCUUCUUCGGUGAAGCGGAUGAGCUCUUCGGCCAAAGAUGUCAUUCGUAAGUACUUAAAGAAGGUGAAACCUUUAUACGAGAAGCUUUCACAGAAGCAACAGCAGCAGACGGAGAAGAUGGCGACGAUUGCGACUGCGGUGUCUCUGCCGACGAAAACAGAGAGAUCUGCAGGGAAAGAAGGAGAAACUGUUGUAGUUUCGAACACAAGGAAAGACAACAAUGGUGUGUGUACGAUCCCUCAUUCCUUUUCUGGAAAUCUGAGUUUGAGAUACCCAAGAAGGAGAAGUUGCAUCUCGAGUUGCCCAUCGUCGAGGCGGUCAUCACCGAGUCAUUCGGGAGUUCUUUGUCAAAGUGCUGUGAUUGGUGGUAUGUACUCUUCGGAUUCGUCGUCAAUGGAGGAGUUGCAGAAUGCGAUUCAAGGAGCAAUUACACAUUGUAAGAAUUCUAUGGCCCAGAAUAAAACAUUGGUAAGUAAGGAUUCUGAAAUCGCUAACUUCUAAUCUUAGCUUGAAAAAUUUGUCUCCCUAGCUUUCUCUCUGUAAUAUUUGAAUUUCAAGUUAUAACUUUUGAAUCUAAAA